CACGCAUUCCGCCGGGCCCGGGGCGCGGGAAGGGGCGGCCGGCCGGGCCCCCGCCCGGCCCGACGUGGCUGCCUGGCCGGGUUGGAAGGGGGGGCGGCGAGGGCGGGCCGCGCGGCCGGCCGGCAUGUGGCUCUCCUUCGGGGAGCCUUGGCAGCCCGGGCUGCGCGCUGCGCCGGGAUGAUGGAGAGCUUCUGGAAUUUCCUGCAGCUGGAGAGCGCGGCCGGCCGGGGGAGCGGGCUGAGCGCGCGGCUCGGGAAGGGGCGCCUUGCAGCCCGACCCUAGGGGGCGCCCCCGCCGUGGGGGUGGUGGGAGAGAUCUCUCGACCCUCCCCGAGACUGCGCCCGCUGGGGACGGCACACCCCUCCCCCGCCGCGUUUUUCGGGUCUGGCGGGGGUCCAGUCCCGCCCCUCCCGGCCGGGGCGGCGGAGAGGGGCCAGGUGCAGGCAGCGCCCCUCCCCCAGCCGCCUGGUUUCCCUCUCGGCCCGUCACCUCCUCCAGGAGUCAGAAGCUCCGCGGCCUCAUCUGGGAGGGGGGCGGGGGUGGCUGGGAUCAGGGGGCUGCGCAGGCCUGCCAGGUAGCCCGAGAGGCGGCGGCGGGAAAACUUAGAGGCGGACCGUUCAGGCCCGAGAACCGCGGGGCCUGCGGACCAGAGCCUCUUGCUCCAGCAAGAGGCGCCUAAGGGCAUCUAGGAGGGAGGUGAGGCAGUUAUCUCCCCACAACCUCCGACCCCCGCCCCCAUCCCCCGCAGCUGCCGUCGGGUGGGGGUCGGAUGUGCCCGCAAAAUCCUGGACAGUUUUCUCGACGGCGGUGGCGGCGGCAGCUUUCCUUGGGGGCGGCUCUGCACCUUGCAGGUUCCGACGUCCAGAAAAGGGCUCCCAGGAGGGAGGGGCUUCCUUUUACAGGAGCCCUGAGAUCCAGGGGAGUAGAUGGGAGCUUGCCUGCCUGUCUACCCAUCGGCCUGGACCCCAGAGCCCGCCCAGCUGAGUGCUUGCAGAGGGCCCCGGGUUCGGGGCAACUCUCAGGCCACCGAAGAGACCACCCUGGAAUCAUUGGCGAAGACAGACCUUUCCUGCUGAGCCGGGCUUGUCUACACAGCCUGCUCAGGCGCUGUCCACGCCCCGAGGCCUGGGCUCAGGCCGAAGUUGCUCCACAGCACCCCCAGCUGACAGCCAGCGACUGGCAGAGCCCCCAGGCACGGGGGCCCUCUCUCUUCCAGAGAUUGCCAGUGUGACAGCCCAGGCGGCAGAGCCGAGGGUCCUGGUCCCGGCUUCUCGCACCCUCAUGUCAGCCCCGGCCCCGCCCGGCGGCCCGCGGAGGACAAGGUCAGGAUGCGUGUGAAGCCCCAGGGCCUGGUGGUGACUUCCAGUGCCGUGUGCAGCUCUCCUGACUACCUCCGGGAGCCCAAGUACUACCCCAGCGGCCCCCACCCCCGGCCCUUGCUUCCCGCCCGGCCCCCUGCCAGCCCACCCGACAAGGCCUUCGCCCACACCUUCUCUGAGAACCCGCGCCCACCCCCACGCCGGGACCCCAGCACCCGGCGCCCACCAGUCCUUGCCAAGGGGGACGACCCGCUGCCCCCAAGGGCAGCCCGUCCUGUCUCACAGGCCCGCUGCCCCACACCCGUGGGAGACGGCAGCAGCUCCCGACGUCGCUGGGACAACGGGCGGGUGAACCUGCGUCCAGUGGUCCAGCUGAUUGACAUCAUGAAGGACCUGACCCGGCUCUCCCAGGACCUGCAGCACAGCGGCGUGCACCUGGACUGCGGCGGGCUCCGGCUCAGCCGCCCGCCCGCCCCACCCCCCGGCGACCUCCAGUACAGCUUCUUCUCUUCACCCAGCCUGGCCAACAGCAUCCGCAGCCCAGAGGAGCGGGCCCCCCCGCACGCCAAGUCUGAGCGGCCCAGCCACCCCCUCUACGAACCCGAGCCUGAGCCCAGGGUCAGUCCCCCGCCCGGCCAAGGCCAUAGUCCUGGGGCCACGGCCGCGGCCACCGGUCUGCCACCGGAGCCUGAACCGGACGGCCCUGAUUACUCGGAACUCGCCGACGCCGACAUCCUUAGUGAGCUGGCCUCCCUUACUUGCCCUGAGGCCCAGCUGCUGGAGGCCCAGGCCCUGGAGCCACCAUCGCCUGAGCCAGAGCCUCAGCUCUUGGACCCCCAGCCCCGCUUCUUGGACCCGCAGGCUCUAGAGCCGCUCGGGGAAGCCUUGGAGCUGCCGCCCCUGCAACCUCUUGCCGAUCCUCUGGCGUUGCCGAGCCUGACGCUACAGGCCCUGGAUACCCUGCCUGACUCCCUGGAGUCACAGCUGCUUGACCCUCAGGCACUUGACCCCCUGCCCAAGUUGCUAGACGUCCCUGGCCGCCGUCUGGAGUCGCAGCAGCCCUUGGGGCCCUGCCCGCUGGCUGAGCCCUUGCGCUUGGACUUGUGCUCACCCCAUGGCCCUCCUGGGCCUGAGGGUCACCCCAAAUACGCCUUGCGGCGCACUGAUAGGCCAAAGAUCCUGUGUCGCCGACGGAAAGCUGGACGGGGACGCAAGGCAGACACUGGACCCGAGGGCCGCCUGCUGCCCCUGCCCAUGCCCACAGGGCUGGCAGCCGCCCUGGCGGAGCCCCCGCCCCCACCGCCCCCACCGCCUUCUGCUCUGCCAGGCCCAGGCCCAGUCCCAGUCCCAGUCCCAGAGCUGGAGCCUGAAUCCGCCCAGACCCCCGUGGCCCCUUCCCGCAAAGGCAAGUGCCGGGGCGUGCGACGCAUGGUGGUUAAGAUGGCCAAGAUCCCUGUGUCCCUGGGGCGGCGGAACAAGACCACGUACAAGGUGUCGUCCUUGAGCAGCAGCCUGAGUGUGGAGGGCAAGGAGCUGGGCCUGCGGGUGUCGGCAGAGCCCACCCCGCUGCUGAAGAUGAAGAACAAUGGGCGCAACGUGGUGGUGGUCUUCCCCCCCGGCGAGAUGCCCAUCAUUCUCAAGCGGAAGCGCGGCCGCCCCCCUAAGAACCUGCUGCUGGGGCCAGGCAAGCCCAAGGAGCCAGUGGUGGUGGCAGCCGAGGCAGCCACGGUGGCAGCGGCCACCAUGGCCAUGCCGGAGGUGAAGAAACGGCGGCGGCGGAAGCAGAAGCUGGCAUCUCCCCAGCCGUCCUACGCUGCAGACGCCAAUGACAGCAAGGCCGAGUACUCAGACGUCCUCGCCAAGCUGGCCUUCCUCAACCGCCAGAGCCAGUGCGCCGGGCGGUGCUCACCACCCCGCUGCUGGACACCCAGUGAGCCAGAGUCCGUGCACCAGGCACCUGACACCCAGAGCAUCUCCCACUUCCUGCAUCGCGUGCAGGGCUUCCGACGGCGAGGUGGCAAAGCAGGCGGGUUUGGUGGCCGGGGUGGGGGCCAUGCGGCCAAGGCAGCCCGAUGCUCCUUCAGUGACUUCUUUGAGGGCAUUGGCAAGAAAAAGAAGGUGGUGGCAGUGGCAGUUCCUGGGGUCGGGGGCCCUGGCCUCACGGAGUUGGGGCACCCACGCAAACGGGGCCGGGGGGAGGUAGAUGCCGUGACUGGGAAGCCCAAACGCAAGAGGCGGUCCCGGAAGAAUGGGACUCUGUUCCCAGAGCAGGUGCCCAGUGGCCCGGGCUUUGGGGAGGCGGGGACUGAGUGGGCUGGGGACAAGGGUGGUGGCUGGGCCCCUCACCACGGGCACCCAGGCGGGCAAGCUGGCCGAAACUGUGGGUUCCAGGGGACCGAAGCCCGGGCCUUUGCCUCCACUGGGCUAGAGAGUGGGGCUUCAGGCCGAGGCAGCUACUAUAGCACGGCUGCACCUGCGGGCCAGACUGAGCUCAGCCAGGAGCGCCAAAACCUCUUCACCGGCUAUUUUCGCUCCCUGCUCGAUUCGGAUGACUCCUCCGACCUCUUGGACUUUGCUCUCUCGGCCUCUCGGCCCGAAUCCCGGAAGGCAUCCGGCACCUACGCAGGGCCCCCCACCAGCGCCCUGCCUGCCCAGCGCAGCCUGGCCACCUUCCCCAGCCGGGGAGCCAAGGCCAGCCCGGUGGCAGUGGGCAGCAGUGGGGCUGGGGCGGACCCUUCCUUCCAACCUGUGCUGCCCGCGCGCCAGACGUUCCCACCAGGCCGGGCAGCGAGCUACGGGCUAACCCCAGCCACUUCAGACUGCCGGGCAGCCGAGACCUUCCCAAAGCUGGCUCCUCCGCCUUCGGCCGUGGCCCGCUCACCGACCACCCACCCGCCCACCAACACCUACCCCCCGCAGUAUGGCGGCUAUGGGGCCGGACAAAGUGUAUUCGCCCCUGCCAAGCCCUUCACGGGCCAGGACUGCGCUAAUAGCAAGGACUGCAGCUUUGCCUACGGCAGCGGCAACAGCCUGCCUGCCUCACCCAGCAGCGCCCACAGCGCUGGCUACGCCCCACCACCUACUGGUGGCCCCUGCCUGCCACCAAGCAAGGCCUCCUUCUUCAACAGCUCUGACGGGGCCCCCUUCUCUGGUUCAGCCCCUACUCCCCUGCGCUGUGACAGCCGGGCCAGCACUGUCUCGCCCGGCGGCUACAUGGUGCCCAAGGGCACCACGGCCUCUGCCACCUCCGCCGCCUCUGCCGCCUCCUCCUCCUCCUCUUCCUUCCAGCCUUCGCCUGAGAACUGUCGGCAGUUUGCGGGGGCUUCUCAGUGGCCUUUCCGGCAGGGCUAUGGAGGCCUGGACUGGGCCUCAGAGGCCUUCAGUCAGCUCUACAAUCCCGGCUUCGACUGCCACGUCAGCGAGCCCAACGUGAUCUUGGACAUCUCCAACUACACACCCCAGAAGGUGAAGCAGCAGACGGCGGUGUCGGAGACCUUCUCCGAGUCGUCCUCCGACAGCACCCAGUUCAAUCAGCCGGUCGGCGGCGGUUUCCGGCGUGCCAACAGCGAGGCCUCGAGCAGCGAGGGCCAGUCGAGCCUGUCCAGCCUGGAGAAGCUGAUGAUGGACUGGAACGAGGCCUCGUCCGCCCCCGGUUACAACUGGAACCAGAGCGUCCUCUUCCAGAGCAGCUCUAAGCCGGGCCGUGGACGGCGGAAGAAGGUGGACCUCUUUGAGGCCUCCCAUCUGGGCUUUCCGUCAUCGGCCUCGGCCACUGCCUCGGGCUACCCGUCCAAACGGAGCACCGGGCCCCGGCAGCCUCGGGGCGGACGGGGUGGUGGGGCCUGCUCUGCCAAGAAGGAGCGGGGCGGUGCGGCGGCCAAGGCCAAGUUCAUCCCCAAGCCACAGCCGGUCAACCCGCUGUUCCAGGACAGCCCAGACCUCGGCCUGGACUACUACAGCGGCGACAGCAGCAUGUCACCACUGCCCUCGCAGUCGAGGGCCUUCAGUGUGGGCGAACGAGACCCCUGUGACUUCAUGGGACCCUACUCCAUGAACCCAUCCACGCCAUCUGACGGCACCUUCGGCCAAGGCUUCCACUGCGACUCGCCCAGCCUGGGUGCCCCUGAGCUGGAUGGCAAGCAUUUCCCGCCACUGGCCCACCCGCCCACGGUGUUCGAUGCUGGCCUGCAGAAGGCGUAUUCGCCCACCUGCUCACCCACCCUGGGCUUCAAGGAAGAGCUGCGGCCGCCGCCCACAAAGCUGGCUGCUUGUGAGCCCCUCAAGCAUGGGCUCCAGGGGGCCAGCCUGGGCCACGCGGCUGCAGCCCAGGCCCACCUGAGCUGCCGGGACCUGCCGCUGGGCCAGCCCCACUACGACUCCCCCAGCUGCAAGGGUACGGCAUAUUGGUACCCACCAGGCUCAGCUGCCCGCAGCCCCCCCUAUGAAGGCAAGGUGGGUUCGGGGCUGCUGGCUGACUUCCUGGGCAGGACGGAGGCUGCGUGCCUCAGCGCCCCACACCUGGCUAGCCCACCGGCCACACCUAAGGCCGACAAGGAGCCACUGGAGAUGGCCCGGCCCCCCGGCCCGCCCCGUGGCCCCGCUGCAGCCGCUGCUGGCUAUGGCUGCCCACUCCUUAGUGACUUGACCCUGUCCCCCGUGCCGAGGGACUCGCUGCUGCCCCUGCAGGAUACCGCCUACAGGUAUCCAGGCUUUAUGCCGCAGGCGCAUCCCGGCCUGGGUGGGGGCCCCAAGAGCGGCUUCCUGGGGCCCAUGGCGGAACCUCACCCUGAGGACACAUUCACCGUCACCUCCCUGUAGUGCCAACUGAAGUGCCGACUGGACCUCGAGGUUUUGUUCCUGGCUUUCAGAAAACCAACGCCAAGACCCCUCCCAGCGUCCACAUCGUCCUCUGGCAGGAGCGCCUGCCCCUCUGCCUCCUGACCCACCCCCUGCACCCCCUGCAGCCCCAUCUCCCCCCCCACCCCUCCCUGCCCAUCUCCUCCACGCAGAAGCCGAAGGUGAGCCCUUUCUGCACAAAACCAGCAAUUGUAAAUACUUUUUAAAAAUGUACAAAACUUAAAAACAAAACACAGUUUUAGAAAAAGACAAAAAAAAAAGAGAGAGAGAGAGAGAGAGCGCGAGCGAGCGUGUGCAAGAGGUUGCGAGCGGGGCCUCGAGGUGUCCAGAGCCCCUGCAAGUAUGCACUGAGAAAUUUAUCUACAGGUCGUUUGACAAAAAUGAACAAUAUCCUAUUUAUUGUAUAUACUGUUUUAUUAUAAAUCGUGGAUUGUAUAUUGCAUUCUGUAAACCUGCUGUGGUCCCGUGGUGUGCAAAUUCGCAUGGUUGGGGGGAGGGAGAAGAACCUCUUGCGGGAGCUUUUUUUUUUUCUUUCUUUCUUAUUUUUCACUCUUUUGGGUUUUCUCUUCUGUUGUUGUUGUUGUUUUCUGUUGGCAGGACACACCCAAAGAUCCAAGUUUGUAUUAAAAAGAAAUGAAAAAAAAGCAAAAAAAAAACAAAAACAAAAACAAAAA